AUGGCGGAUGAGGUGAAACUUUUGGGAGUUGUGGGAAGCCCAUUUGUAUGUAGAGUACAGAUUGCUCUAAAAUUCAAAGGAAUUGAAUACAAUUUUGUUCAAGAAAAUUUGGCCAACAAAAGUGAUCAACUCCUUAAAUAUAACCCAGUUUAUAAAAAGGUUCCAGUUUUUGUUCAUAAUGAGAAGCCGAUAUCAGAAUCUCUUGUGAUUCUUGAGUAUAUUGAUGAAGUUUGGAAAAAUAAUCCUAUUUUUCCUUCUGAUCCAUACCAUAGAGCUUUGGCACGAUUUUGGUCCAAGUUCAUCGACGACAAGAUUGUGACUCCUUCAUUCAAAUCUUUUUUUACGGUUGAUGAGAAAGAGCGCGAGAAGAGUAUUGCAGAAUCAACAGAGGCUCUUCAAAUUCUUGAGAAUGAGCUAAAAGACAAGUUUUUUGGUGGAAAAGAGAUUGACAAUGUUGAUAUUGCUGCUGUGUUCGUAGCAUUUUGGAUUCCAUUGCUUCAAGACAUAAUAGAGCUGAAAUUAUUCAAUGCUGAGAAAUUUCCAAAGCUUUAUAAGUGGAGCCAAGAAUUUCUCAACCAUCCAACUGUGAAGGAAAUUAUGCCUCCUAGAGACCCUCUUUUUUCCUUUUUCAAAGGUAUGCAUGACAACCUUCAUUCGUCUUCAAAAUAG